AUGAAAACUCCCUCCAUCUCAUCUCUCGCACCCAUUCUUCUUCUCAUCAUCUCGUGCUCAUGGGCAGCUUCUGCCGAUGAUCACGACGAUUUUCUCGAAUGUCUCUCCGAAAAUUUUCAGAACUACUCCACGAUUUCAAACGACGUUUACACCGUCGCCAACUCAUCAUACACUCCCAUCCUUCAAUUCUCCAUCCGAAACCUGAGGUUCGGGUCGGCAUCAACUCCUAAACCGCAAGUGAUCAUAACCCCGGAUCACGAAUCCCAGAUCCCGCCAAUCAUAUACUGCGCCAGAGAUAAUGAUCUGGAAAUCAGAACUCGAAGUGGCGGCCACGACAUAGAGGGACUAUCGUACGUCUCACGAGUCCCGUUCGUGAUCAUUGAUUUGAUCAAUCUCAGUGAGAUCACAGUCGAUGCUGAGAAUAAAACUGCGUGGGUCGAAGCAGGCGCAACCAUCGGUUCUUUAUACUAUACGAUUGCAGAAAAAAGCCCAAUUCUAGGGUUUCCUGCGGGCUUUUGCCCGACCGUCGGUGUCGGUGGCCACUUCAGUGGAGGGGGCUACGGCCCCCUGUUGAGAAAAUACGGCCUCGCUGGAGAUAACAUCAUCGAUGCAAGAAUAAUCGACGUCCAGGGCAGGAUUCUCGACAGAAAAUCAAUGGGCGAGGACCUGUUCUGGGCCAUCAGAGGCGGCGGAGGCGCCAGCUUCGGCGUGAUCACUGCCUGGAAGGUACAACUGGUGGAUGUUCCAGAAACAGUCACUGUUUUCUCAGUGCGCAGGACCUCGGAGCAGAACGCGACCCAGCUCGUCCACCGCUGGCAAGACGUGGCUCCCAAGCUCGACAGAGACUUGCUCAUCGCCGUCACGUUGAACAGGGUGAAUUAUUCCGGCCAAGAGGGAAGGAACGCGACGAUCCAAGCCAAUUUCUGGUCACUUUUCCUCGGCGGAGCCGACAGAUUGCUUCCAAUCCUGCAGGAAAGUUUCCCUGAGUUGGGCGUAUUGAGAGAAGACUGCAUCGAGAUGAGCUGGAUCGAAUCCGUCUUAUAUUUCUCGGAAGCCCCAGUGAUCCCACCUUCUCAGCAGCAGCCACUUGAAAUGUUGCUCAACAGAACUCAACCAAACCUAGGAAGCCUCAAAGUGAAAUCAGAUUACGUGCAGAAACCCAUUCCUGAAUUAGGGUUACAAGGUAUUGAGAGACUGUUAUACGAAGCAGAAAUCGGGUCUGUUGUCGCAAUGAUCCCAUACGGUGGAAGAAUGGCUGAAAUCUCAGAAUCGGAAACUCCAUUCCCUCACAGAGCUGCAAACCUGUACAAGAUUGUUGGCACGGUGUAUUGGCAGGGCGACGAGGCUCGAGGUUCGGAGAGGUACAUAAGCUGGAGCAGAAGGUACUACAGUUACAUGGCUCCUUACGUCUCGAGCUCGCCCAGGGAAGCGUACCUCAACUACAGAGAUCUCGACAUCGGAGUGAAUAACGUUGUCGGUGAGACGAGUUACGAGCAAGCCAGCGUUUGGGGGAAGCCGUAUUACAAGGACAAUUUCGAUCGUCUUGUUCGGGUGAAAACUGCAGUUGAUCCGGAGAAUUUCUUCAGGAAUGAACAGAGCAUUCCGUCGUUGUAUUCCGACAAAGAUGAUUAGGGUUUAUGUUUUAGAAGCAAUAUAUGUUCGGAUCGCCAACGUAUGUAUUGAAUAAGGCGUUUAUUAGUUGAUGUUUGUUUUGUAUAUAGUAAUGAUUUUAUUGUGAUAAUAAAUUGAUUUUUUUUU